UGAGAUCAUUAGAUCGUUUGCAUGCUCGCACCAGUGCUUGUACGAUUCCCCGGCAAAUACAAACCAAAUUGUUACGCACAUGCCAGCAGACGAACCACUGACUCCCGUCGCACUGGAAUCUCCGACUCCACCUGAUGAAAUUUGGGAGGAAGCCUCGUUUACAGGUGAAGAGCAUGAACUAUUGGGGUUUGACCUGGAUGAAGAAGGUGAAAUAGUUGAUGUGGGUGGGAUUGAGGAGCAUGCGAGUGGAGUUUGGGAUGCAACCUUUAAUUUCACGAAUUCCAUCAUUGGAGCUGGAAUUAUUGGUCUCCCUUACGCAUUCGCCGAAUCCGGAUUCGCAACCGGCGUUCUGCUACUAUUUGCAUUGACGUUUGUUGUAGACUGGACGGUGAACCUCCUCAUUGUGGAUGGGAAACUGGCGGGAACGAGAUCGUAUCAGGAGCUAGUCAAGAGGUGUUUUGGGCGAUGGGGAUUUAUUGCGGUUUCGGUGUUUCAGUUUGUGUUUGCUUAUGGUGCAAUGUGUGCCUACGCCAUUAUCGUCGGUGACACACUUCCCGUCGUCCUCUCUCAACUUCCCUCCAAAACCCCUCUCUACAGCGUACUUACCUCCCGCCGUGCCAUGAUCACCCUCACAACGCUCUUUGUGUCUCUCCCCCUCUCCCUUUACCGCGACAUAUCAGCUUUAGCGAAAACGAGUGCCGUCUCGCUAGGCGCGAUUGUAUUUAUUGUUUUGGCGGUGGUGGGGGCUGGGGCAUGGGAAGGGCGGCAAGGAGGUGAUGUGAGCUGGGUCGGAGGUGGGGUGUUCCAGGCCAUUGGCGUGAUCAGUUUUGCAUUUGUCUGUCAUCACAACACCUUUCUCAUUUAUGGCUCCUUACGGAAACCAACCAUGGACCGCUUUGCGGUUGUCACGCACUUGUCAACCGGAUUGUCGCUUUUGGCUUGUUUGGUGCUUGCCUGUGGGGGUUACCUUGUCUUCACCGACAAGACGCAAGGCAACAUUCUCAACAACUUUUCACCCACACAUCCUCUUAUCACCCUUGCACGCUUAUGUUUUGGGAUUAACAUGUUUCUAACGUUUCCCCUUGAAUGUUUUGUUUGCCGGGAGGUGCUUUUGCAUUGCAUAUAUGGUCAAGGAGAGGAGGAGAAACCAGUAUCGUUGCCUAUUCAUGCGGGUACGACAGUCGCAUUGACGCUCUCGGCAAUGGGCGUGGCGCUUUGGACGUGCGAUUUAGGUAUCGUUUUAGAGAUUACUGGUGGUUUUGCGGCUACCGUUUUGGCAUACAUCCUUCCACCCCUCUGCUACAUUUACCUCUCAUCUGGACCAACAUUUUCGUUGAAAAAGGCCGGACCGCUGCUCUGUAUAGGUUUUGGUGUUGUCGUAAUGGUCUUAAGCACCAGUAUGGCAGUGGCUGAGGCGCUGCGAGGCAAAGAAGAGAAGCUUUGCGCUGGGUGAGCGUGGGGAAAGCGGCUGACAUGGGGUGUAAUGUAGAUGAGCUUUACAUAGGUGUGCCUGCCACAAUUUUCUUAUCAGAGCUGGACAGAAAUCUAGUUCAAAGGUCUUUAUUUAUCAAACCCAUCAUCCACGAGAAUACAACGAACAUCUAUCACAAUAAAAUACACAAGAAAAAAAAAG